AUGAUCGAUCGAGCAGCUGCUCGAAACAGUCCUAGAUACAACAGCGCUUUGUCACCGGCGCCUAGUGUCAGUGCCAGUUGGACUGUUAGCGGCCGAGGUUUUAGGUACGGUGCACGGUCGAACCUUCCCUCGGAACAGCCGGAAGCGACAUCGACAACGUUGUCCCACGCAGCCCGGUAUCGCCGUUACACCCGCAGUGCUUCACCGGCGAUGGCUGCCCCAAGACGCACAUGGACUGUGAUCACGGCCGCGACGAUGACGACGACGGUGUCCCCGAACGUCGUUUGUCAACUGCUCCUGCUGCUCCUGACUGGCAGCUUUGUCGAUGCGAGGAUCUUCUGCCGAACCGAGGACGACUGCCCUCCCGACUGGCAAUGUCAGGGCGUUUUCGUGCCGAAGCAGUGUGUGCCCCGGAGUUCUCGCUACUACGUCAGGGGCGCCUAUGACAACUCAGUAAAAAUUCUCGUUUGA